AUGGAGUUAAGCCUGCAGGAAAGUUUACUGUUAAAAUCCUUGGGUUUAAGUGCCAAGCCCAGCCCGAAAAGCCCCAUUCCUGUGCCCUCGGUGCUCUGGCGGAUCUUUCAGAAGAGAAAAAUGCUGCCUGCUCCAAACAAAGACCCGGCGGAUGCUUGUAGGGUGGAGGAGUUUAAUGUCCCUGGGAACAUCAUCCGUGUCUUCGCUGACCAAGGCCACUUCAUCCACAGCACGCAGCCCCCACGGCUGCUGUGUCUGCAGAAGCGUCUGUACUUUAACCUCUCGGUGCUGGAGGAGGACGAGAGCUUGACGAUGGCUCAGCUGGAGGUCAAAUUCAGCCACAACUCCUACCACGCCUCCAGCCAGCGGCAGGUGUUCGAGCUGCGGCUCUACCGGAGCUCCCAGAUGGUUCUCCGGGGGGUGCCCUCCCCGGAGCGCGGCCGGAAGCUCCUGGUGGGACAGUCCUUCGCCCAGCUGCACCAGUCGCUUCUCUUCAACCUGACCGGGGUGGCGAAGGAGUGGAGAACGCACGGCAGGAAUCUGGGCUUGAUCCUGGAGAUCUCGGUGGGCGGCGGAGACGCCGCGUCGGCCCCGACGAGCGAGGGGCUGCGGAACGUCUGCGCCAGCGUGGACGCCUUCCUGGCCGCAUCUCUCCUGGUGGUGACCCUCAACCCGCAGCAGUGCGGGGCUGCCCGGAGCAGGAGGAGCGCUCAGCACCCCCCCGUCACGCCGAGCAACCUCUGCAAACCCCGGCGGCUUUACAUCAGCUUCAGCGACGUGGGCUGGGAGAACUGGAUCAUCGCCCCGCAGGGCUACAUGGCCAACUACUGCCUGGGCGAGUGUCCCUUCCCGCUGACCGCCGAGCUCAACAGCACCAACCACGCCAUCCUGCAGACCAUGGUGCACUCGCUGGACCCCGAGGGGACCCCCCAGCCCUGCUGCGUCCCCGUCAGGCUGUCCCCCAUCUCCAUCCUCUACUACGACAACAACGACAACGUGGUGCUGCGGCACUACGAGGACAUGGUGGUGGAUGAGUGUGGCUGCAGGUAGCGGAGCUGCCGGGGGUUGCGUGCGCUGGGGGGUUGAUGGAAUAAAUGUGAGUGUGUUAAAUCCCCUCUGUGCUGGUGUUCGGGAAGGUUCUCGGCGGUGCGGUGUUGGAGCUCCCCCCGCGCAGGUGAGGGCAGGAAGGGAUGGUUAGUGGAGCUGUGAUUUUGCGUGCGCGGCGCUGCAGGUGUCCUGUUCUGGGAUUAUGAUCAAGCCUGAUGCUGGUUUUCCGUCCCGUUCUCCUCGGGGAGCGGGGCAGCAGGUUGUGAAUCCCAGACCCCGUGUGCUGCUCCCGGGAGCAGCGGCAGGGCUUGUGCUGUCUGGCGUUGUUUUGGCUGCAGCUUUCUCGGUGCAAAAAUAAUUGAUUUUUGGUGUGGUGACCCGCUGCUGGUGGUUCCCGGGCACAGCGUCCCGCUGCAGGAGGUGACACGGCGGCUCCGGUCCGGCUGCGGGAAGAGCUGACGGUGUCACGGGAAGAGCUGCAGCUGCGGCUCCCUGUGACUUUGUCCCUUCUCGCUAUGGCUUUGUUUGCUGGUUUUAUUGCACGGUGGGUGACGUGGAGGUGCUGGGAACGCCGGGUCGAGGGGCCGUCGCUGCUGACGGAUGGUUUGGGUGAAGCGGAGGGGAUGCGGUGCCCCGCUGCAGAGGUGGGGACAGGGCGAGUCAGCGGCAUCUUGUUCCUGUGACUCUGUAAUUAAUUUACCUCACUUGCAAAUUGAUGAGAGCAGGGUCCCUCCCCGCGGCUGCAGGACAGGGCUGGAGCCGGAUGGCAGCUGAGCGUGGGGCGGCAGCAGCUCCACAGCGACGCAGCCCCACACGUUCAUGUGCUUCUGCAGUUUAGGGGUUUAUUUUUUAAAAAUUCAUUGUGUGUUGGUUUUUUUCAUCAUCAUUUUUUCUGUGUUCGCUGGUGUGCUGGCCGCGGUACCCGGCCCAGCGCAGCCGAGCGUGGAGCGAGUGUUCAAUGCCGCUAACCCGAGCUGUAGCCGCGCGGUGCCGAACGGACCCAAAUUUGCGCCAUCGCGGGUGAUCCCAGCGGAGGAAUCGCUGCUGUUCUCCCACCUGCCGAGGCGGGUGCUGGCCCUGGGGAAGGCAGCUGAAGCUCCUGAAGGCAUCCUGGCUUUCCUGUUUUGGUUUUUUUGGGGGGGGAACUAAAGUGGGAACAGAAAAGGAAUCCAUGUUAGACUUGAAAUUUUUCUGGUUUUCUUGGUGUGUUUUUUGUGUUUAUUUUUUUUCCAACUGUGAACCUGGCACCACAGCGUAGAUGAUUUUGUUGUUGUAAUUUUUCUUUAUGCUGAUGUUGUCUUCAUGGUCUGAUGAAGUAUCACCGAGCACUGAGGGUUUAACCACUGCUGGGUUUGCAGCACCAGUGUCUCCCCGUCCCUGGGACUGGUUUUUGCUGCCCCUGGGUAGGAACCGAGACUGGAGGAGCCCGAGGGACAGUUGUCGUGCACCAAAACGUUUCCAUCUCCCCGUGGGGACACGCAGUGAGCUCCGCAAAGCCCUGCAGGUAAACCGAGCUCUGCAAAGCCCUGCAGAUAAACCGAGCUCCGCAAAGCCCUGCAGGUAAACUGAGCUCCGCAAAACCCUGCGGGUAAACCCGAGCUCUGCAAAACCCACUUGAAGCACUUCAGUGUUUUAAAGGGCUUAGUGUAGGAGUUGACUUAACUAAAGCAGGAGCUGCUUAUUUCAACUUUAAAUGGGCAAGAGUGAAUAAAAUAAAGUAUUAUGUUGGGGGGCAACUGUCCCCCCCGCAGGCACCAAGGGGAGGUGGGUGACAGCCAUGACCGGACAUGGGGACAUGUUCUAAUGGACACGGGGGUGGUAAGACGAGGCCUAAAGUGUGCAGCAGGCGCUAAGCCACGCCUGGGGCGGUCUUGGCUUUGCUGAGCCAGCGCCUGCACCAGGUAAAAGCCACUUCUGUUUCCUGCAGCAGGAGCCGCCCCUGGGCGCAGCCUUAGACCUCCUGCCGCUCAGCAUCGUCUCCAUCGGGGGGUUCAUCUGCUCCCCCAUGUCCGCUAUGCACACCCCCCACUUUUGUACUAGUCUGUGUUUAAAAAAAAACAGUAAUAAACUUGAAGUUUAUACAAUCAGA